AUGGAUGGGUCAUGGCCCAGUCCCCCGCAGUUCAGCUGCCAGUCGGACCAGAAGAAGCCUGGCCUCCCCGGGGACCUCCCCCGGCCCCCUGACCGCAACUACCGGAGGGGCGGUGGUGGGGGGCGGGUCCGUGCAGGGCAGGGCAGGAGCACACAAGGAAGUGUUUCCGGGACAGAGGGCGGGCAAGAUGGCGGCGCCCAUGGAGCUGUUCUGCUGGUCAGGGGGUUGGGGGCUGCCGUCAGUGGACCUGGACAGCCUUGCCGUGCUGACCUAUGCCAGAUUUACUGGUGCACCACUGAAGGUACACAAGAUCAGCAACCCCUGGCGGAGCCCUUCAGGUACCCAGUGUCCCUUGGGGGAACUCUGCCUGCCCUUCGGACCAGUCAUGGAGAGGUCAUCUCAGUUCCACACAAGAUCAUCACCCACCUUCGAAAAGAGAAGUACAAUGCUGAUUAUGAUCUGUCAGCUCGGCAAGGGGCAGACACCCUGGCCUUCAUGUCUCUCCUGGAGAAGUUGCUCCCGGUGCUGGUACAUACUUUCUGGAUAGACACCAAGAACUAUGUGGAAGUGACCCGGAAGUGGUAUGCAGAGGCUAUGCCCUUUCCCCUCAACUUCUUCCUGCCUGGCCGCAUGCAGCGGCAGUACAUGGAACGGCUAGAGCUGCUGAGUGGGGAGCACAUGCCUGAGGACGAGGAAGAGCUGGAGAAGGAGCUGUACCGAGAGGCUCGGGAGUGUCUGACCCUGCUCUCUCAGUGCCUGGGUUCUCAGAUCUUCUUUGGAGAUGCGUGA